CGAUAUUUAAAAUUCGAAAUACUUUUUUUAUAUAUAAUACUUGAAUGCAUGUAUUGUUUUUUUUAUAAUAAUGGUAGAUAAGAACGCUACUGACUUUGUCUUCAUCGCAGAAAUUCUCCAUCAGUUGAGUUAUUCAACUGUGGCUGAUGUAGAAGACCACCCUUUGUAGUGGGAAAAAAUGAGAGUAGGUGAAGUCGCGGCAGUCGUAGAAAUUGCGCAAUUUUUCAGAUUAUGCGGUAUUUUUGAAUUACCACCGAGCAUUACCUAUUUGAUAGUUCUUCGUUGAGCAUUAUUUUCCUAAAAAAAAUUACCAAAAAUGCUUGGCCAUAUUGUCAUUAUUGUUGUUGCGUGUUUUGUGAUCGUCGGAGCUGAAGAAAGUGCGAAGAAUUUUACGAACAAAUGCGAAAUACCUCCAUCAGCUCCAAAAAAGGUAGAGGAAGUGAUCAACCAAUGCCAGGAUGAAAUUAAAUUAGCUAUUCUCUCAGAAGCCUUAGAAGCUCUAAACGUCAAUUCACAUGAAAAUCAGCAUAAUCGAGAGAAGAGAGCUGCAUUUACUGAAGAUGAAAGAAGAAUAGCAGGGUGCCUACUACAAUGUGUUUAUAGAAAAAUGAAAGCAGUAAACGAAUAUGGUUUUCCUACUGUAGAAGGUUUGGUGAACCUUUAUACUACAGGAAUCAAGCAAAAGGAGUACAUACUCGCCACAGUACAAUCUGUAGAGUUCUGUAUUAAGCAAACAAAGAAAGAGUAUUUGGUAACACAGGAAUCUUUAGCAGAAGAACACGGCAAAAUAUGUGACAUUGCAUACGAGGUGUUUGAUUGUGUAUCAGAAGAAAUUGGAAAUUACUGUGGACAGACGCCAUAGAAAACUGGA